CCUUGAUAUUCUCGAUCAUUCUUUGAUUCAACGCAUCGCUACAGAAAUGGUGAGUGAUGGUAGCAAUGAUCGUCCUCAAUAUUUACAAGAUUUUCUUUUAAUUAAAGAUGAUGACAAAUUCUUUUCAAGACUUUUAUCUAAGGAAAAUUCAAAUAAAGGUGAGUCUUCUUUUAAGUUUUAUUAUUAUGAAGGAUCUUGUUCUAGUUCAAUUCCAUUUCAUUGGGAAUCUGAACCAGGUACACCUAAACAUUCAUUUGCAAAUACUAUUCUCAAUCCUCCACUUACUCCUCCACCUUCAUAUCAAUCAAUUUCACACUUAAAAUCUUUGCAAAAAGUUCAUUCAAAACGCAAAUUUUAUCACUCUAUUUUCUCAAAGAGAAUUAAUCAUUCACCAUCAAUUAUUUCUCCUACAUCGUCUUGUUCGUCAUCUUUUUCCAUGUCUUCGAUGCCAUUGUUCGCGUAUUCUAAUCCAACGAACCUCCAGAGUUCGCGGAAGGGAGGUACUUCGCCAACUUCUACACACUGGUUUGGUUCAAGAACGGGAAAUAUGAAGCGUUUUCGAGUUAAUUACUACUACUCUAUGAAGAAAGUGAAGAAAUUGUUGUUGUCAUUUACUCGUAUCCGUGCUUCUAGGAAUAUAAAAUGAUUGGAACAGACUCAGCUUUACUGUCAGCAGAAACAGAUUCGGAAUUUAGACUUCAUGAAUUAACAAUAAUUGCGUGUUCUCUCUCUAUAUGUAUGUUUUUAAUUUUUCUUUCACAUAUAUACGUGGUUCGAGUCAGAAGCAAUAAGUUCAGUAGAACCUACUGCGAGUGGCUAGAUAUAUGCCACGGGUCACCAUGUUGUUCAUCUUGAGUGAAUUGUAAUGUGUUUCUAAUUUCCUGCUCUAAAUGUAUGUUCAAAAUAUCCAUGGAACAAAUAUGUCUAGAUAAAUUUCUCUUUUCUGUUUCAUUGUUGUGAUGGAUACUGUCAAGAUAAAUUUGAUACUAUGUCUUGAAUCGUUACUAAUUAAAGUUUGAAUUGUC